AGCGCCAAAAACCUAUGAAUGACGAAACGAUCAGGUUUAGAAAUGAAACGUGAAACUGGUUCUGGUUCUGGGACAGCCUCGCUGGUACGGGCUUCAAUCCGCGCGGCGCACUACGGGAACAGCAGGGCUUCUGAACGAGUUUUGCAUCCUCGUCGUUCUGCGAGGAUCGUCGAACCAGCAAAUAAUGAGACGCGCAUCGAACUCAAAGCGCAUUCGAUGCCAUUGUACACGGAUCAGACGCACAAAAUCUCUAUACCACCGAGCUCAUUUCGGGGGCCUCAAAAUACCAAGGUGUUGGACCGAUCGCGUGAGUCGCAAGACGCUGUGAAAACAGCCUCAACAACGACAUCGCAGCACAGUAAUUAUACAUUUCCCUCUCGUGGUCUCCAAGCUAACCGGGAAUCGACUCGUGCAUCGUCACAAAGACACAUAGAUGUUGCAUUGGGUGGGGCACAGAUGAUGUCGGGUGACCGGCGAUCAUCAUCACUUACACAAGCCCAGAGCUUCAAUCAAGAAAAGCAGCAGCAGCCAGUCUUUCAAGGUCCAAAUCACGUCGUUAGUGCGGUGAAUGGGGAGCGGCGACCAAGCACAGCAUCUGCAUGUGAUGGGAAUGAAAUUUGGAACCCUGAUUGUGAAAAGAAGCAGCGCACGAGUAUAUACGAGCCUUUGCAAGGCAAUGCUGAAGUGUUGCCAGCCCGAAAGAUAAACGAUGCAAAUCGCGAGCUACAGUCUGAUGGGUCGCAUGGGCGAUGUAAGCCACCAACAAACCUUGGCAGUGGGAGAGACGGCCUCGAUCGUCGUGACGCCAACAAGGAUCGGGACCGUGAGAAACGUCGAGAGUCCCAAGGCAGCAAUCAUCCGAGCAUAGCCCAAGUAACUGGUGAGAAGCCACCCUCAGACGGGGUCUUUUUUGCACAAUACAAAGGCCAUCCCGAGACACUGGUUGUAUAUCGAUCACCAGAGGAGCGCGCAGCCAACCCAGAGCGACUGAAUCUAGAUCGCCGUCACCUCACUGUAUGUCCCAUCCUCAAAUCCGAAGAACGCGUGCGUUUGCUCAACUACCAAAACAAUUACAUCGAAGAGAUUCGCCAUCUGUCUCAUUUACCCAACCUGAUUUUCUUGGACUUGUACAACAAUUGUAUUGAAAGCUUGUCGCGUGACCUUGAGUGCGUUCCUACGCUGCGGGUGUUGAUGUUGGGGAAGAAUCGCAUCAAAGCUAUCUCUCAUCUUGAGAAACUGGGUAAGCUCGAUGUCCUCGACCUUCAUUCGAAUGCAAUAGCAAAGGUAGAGCACCUUGGUGCGCUAUCAGAAUUGCGAGUCCUGAACCUAGCGGGUAACCGUCUCACUGAGCUCGAUGAGCUUGGUAGCCUACAAUCCCUCACGGAGCUUAAUGUGAGGCGCAAUCAAAUCGUCAAGGCUUGCUCACUGCAGCAAUUACAGUCCCUCCAGCGCGUCUUCCUGAGUAACAAUCGAGUCCAAUCAUUUGAUGCUGUUGCUUGCCUUUUCGAUGUUCGCUUCCUUAUGGAGCUCAGCAUGGAUGGCAAUCCUAUUGCUCUACAGGACCCACAUGCUUAUAGGCGCUUCGCUGUGGAGCGCGUUAAAACACUCCGGCACCUUGAUCUGAAAAGAGUCACUGAUGCUGAACGACGUGCAGUUGCCCUGGAGUCCCAGAAAGAGGACGAAAGGAGACGAGCCGCAGAAAAGCACGAAAUGCUCGAGCUUGAGCGACGAAAGUUGCAGGCUGAGCGCCACGAGGCAAUUCGUGCUGCAGAACGCCAGUGGAUUGACCGAAUCGGGCCGAAAGACCUGAAUCCUGUUUCAAACCCCAGGAACAGCCUUGCUUCUCAUCGCACGAGUGGAGAAUCGUCCAGUUCGUAUCCUGGCCGAGACCACGGAGAUAAGCCACCGUCAUCUUCUUCUGGAUCGAUUCCAAAUUGCUGCGUUCAAAGAGAGCAUCCCCUGAGCGGAUCGUACGAUAGUCCUCUGCUUGAAACGAAUGAUGCUCAACGCAUUGACGAUCCAAUGAAACGGCCUCAGGAAGAUGGUAGCCACCCGGCACGUGGGGACCGGUCUUCUACGAGACGUUCUUCAGUCAAUGUGGCCACCGCACAGUUACUUGUAGCGCCAUCCCAGAGUGUUGCGACGAUAACAUCCAGUGAAGGGCAGCGAGUCCGGUCAGAGGGCGACAAAGGAAGCAUCAACAGGCGGCCCUCCAAUUCGAAUCGCGUGGCUCCAGCAGCAGGCUACUACGAGGUUGAGAUAGGGGGGGUUCACCGCGAAGAGCGUGCUCUCCAGCUUUACGGAGAAGCUUGGGAAUGCCUUGAAUCACCAAAGAUUAUUGGGUCAUCCACAGCCCUGGUUUGCCGUUUUGUCUCUGUAGAACGCAUAGUCGAAAAGCUCCGCCCCCACGCUCGCAAUUUUGCCAGGUAUUGGCCAGAGGCUAUCCACCAGUUGGUUGACGAGUGCAUGGAGCACGAUGCGCUCUGCGACACUUUCUUCGCCAACGAGCCCGUCUGGCAGUAACCUACGGCCCCAUCAAUCGUAUCAUACUCUCCAAUCGCAGAUGGAUAAGCCAUUUUGAUAUCCUGGCGAAUCAUAUAUUGGCUCGUUGCAUUAAUUGGGUAAUGUUACACUGGUCGCUUUCAACAUGAGCCGUUGCCAUGGCGUCAUCUACACAUGCUUUAAUCCCGCUCUGCUCUCGUAGAGGAUGCGAGGGCGGGACGGGGGAAUGUUGAUGCCUGGGGUCUAGGCUACGCUUUACCACAGAAAUUUGGCCUCUCCAGAGGGCAAUUUUCCGAGUUUGACUGAUUUGCCGCCCGCGAGUUUACCGACGGGGUGGGUUUGCCGCCGGUCGAAGGGCGAACGCGGGAGAUUCGACGCGUUCUAGUUUUGGGGGCGCCCGCCCCCCCGGCGCCUGAGUAAAGCCCCCAGCCGCCG